AUGUCCACCCGCGGGCAGUUCAACACCAAGAACCCGACUAUCAAGCGGAUAUUAAAGGAAGCUUCAGAACUCUCCACGUCGCCCUCCUCCGACUACCAUGCCGAACCUCUAGAAACCAACCUCUUCGAGUGGCACUUUACCAUCCGCGGCCCGCCCGAGCCAUCGCCCUAUGCCGGCGGCAUCUACCACGGUCGCAUAGUUCUCCCAUCCACGUAUCCUCUCCGCCCGCCGUCUUUCCGCUUCCUCACACCCACUGGACGCUUCGAAGUCAAUCGCGAAAUCUGCCUAAGCAUAUCAGGCCAUCACGAAGAGACAUGGCAACCAGCAUGGGGCGUGCGCACAGCUCUUGUCGCGAUAAGAAGCUUCAUGGACACAGACGCGAAGGGACAGCUCGGCGGCAUCGAAUGCAGCAGAGACGCACGUGAGCGUAUGGCCAAAGACAGCGGGGCAUGGAAAUGCGCGGGCUGUGCCAAGAGCAACGCCGAGAUCAUGCAAGAGAGGGAGGAGCUUGUCAAGGAGAUCGAGGAGAAGGAUGGCAAGAGGAAGGACGAGCAAGUUCCCGAAGAGUUGAGACUAGCUUAUCGCGACGAGCUGGGCAAAGAAGGAGAAGAGGACAAGAAGGUGGAUAAGGGUAAGCAGCGGGCAGUAGAGAGCUCUGCUGAAGCCGCAUCGUCUGCAUCACCCUCAGAACCUGCGCCUGCAGCUCCAGUUACAGUCCCAUCGCGACCAGCUCCUACAGUGCCUAUAGUGAGACCUACAAGGACAACAACCGCGCCACCGCCUCAACAGGUUGCCCAACGCAGUCCAGACCUGGCUUGGAUCGACACUUGUAUCUACGGAGUAGUGGUCGCGCUCCUGUUCAUGGUGCUUAAGAGGUUUGUAUAA